AUGAGAUUGGCAUUGACAGCAAGGCGAGCAGGACUGAAGGGACAUGGCUGGCCUGCACCAUCGUCCGCACGGAAUGCGUCAAACAUUGCUGGAAUAAUCUCCACGGACACCGAAAUUCACUGGCGUGAACAUUGGAGCAACAGGGAUCAAACCAUGAAAACUCCUCUCCUGGCUACCCAAGACCACUUCCUCGUGCCGAAUCCGAUCUUUCUACUUUAUGACCGAUACUGCCUGGCGAGCUCGCAUUGCGCCGGCCCGGAUGCAGUUGUUGUGGUUGCGUCCUUCGCCGGAUCUGCCGAAACACCGAUCCAGAUCAUCAAGAGGAACACACCGAUCCUUCUAAGAACAUUCCCAUUGCUCAGCGCUGUGGUAGUUGACAGAGCUACUCGGGACCCGCGCUUUGCAGCCGCGAAACACAUCACGGCCAACCACAUAGUCGACCAGGAGAUCCAGUCUGCAACAUCACUGGAGCACAUCUUUAACCAUGAACACCACAGGAACAAUACUGAGUUAGAUCCUGAGCAAGGGCCUCUUUGGCGAGUGGCAUUCUACGAGAAUCAGUCUUCAAAAGAGCCAAUUUGCUACGUCGCCCUCUCGUGCUGGCAUGUCAUCAAUGAUGGCUUAGGCAUCUGCGAAUUGCUGCGACAACUUCUGCGCCGUCCACAAAUCAACGAGAGUAUAGAGAGGAGUACACCAGUCGGCCAGUUCCCGCCUCGAAUCGAGGACACGAUCGAUCUUCCUCUUCCAUGGCAUUGGCUGAGAGAUAGCUGGCUGCAGAGCGCAGCUUCAUACCUGCCUUCAUUUCUCAAUGCGUAUCCCCCACCACCACCAACUUGGCCUGUGACCGUUUCGAAACGACCAUUCGAGUCCGGCGUCAAACGUAUCGUCCUAGAAGGCGACUCAAAUCACCCAGGCUGGCUAGGAGGUGGCAUAAAGGCCUUCAGCAAGAUCUCUGGAGCUGGUUCAGUCAACUCCAUCCUCCACGGCGCCGUGGCUUAUUCGCUCUAUACUGCAAUCAAAGAACACGACAAAACUCUCCCGUCAAACCUUCAAUUCAAAACCCAAACGCCCAUUUCAGUCCGCUCCAGCGAGUUAGGCCAUCCAACCACAACAGGAAACUACAUUAUCAUAGCCCCAUUCUCCUUCCCCGCCUCGGACCUUGACGGCGCGAAACCCGACUUCACAGUAACCGACCUCUUCCGCAACUACCACACCUGGAUACAUUCUCCUACCGGCCGUUUCAUAGCAAGAACCUCUGCAGGCCUCCUGCGUGUCUUCUACGAACUCGACCUCGAUCGUUUCACAGAGUGGAUCCCUUUCUACCCCAGCCCCAAACCAAAGAAAUUGGGAAACUGGAUCUUCGCCGACCCGCCGACCGCAUAUGAGAGGUACUGCUCGAGGACUCAGAAUUUGACUUUAGAUGCCGAGGGCAAAGCGGAUAGUCCUUAUACGAACUCGUUUCAGCUUUCCAAUACGGGACUCAUUAAGACUGGGGAAUGGGAGGAUGGGUUGAGGGAGAGCUUGAAGGGGAUUUGGUGGUCUCAGAGACCUAUGCCUUGGGGGAAUUUCAUUUAUUGCGAUGGUGAGUCGUUGGAUUUUCUCCUCCGAGUGCUGGUUGGUUGCGAAGUCCUGCAAAGCAAGACCUUUGAUACGGAUUCUGCUUACUCGACUGCGAGUGAUAGCAGUGGCGAUGAACCGGCUGAGGUCGUGCAUCAUCAGCUCGGUAUUAGUCUUGCUUGGCGAGAUGGUGUGGUUGAUAAGGAGAUUAUGGAAGCUUUGGUUGAGAAUUUGAAGGCUAUGCUCAAUCUGAUCGCGGCUACUGGACAUGAGGGAAAGUUGGCGACGAGUAAGAUUGCGGAGUUGCCAAUUCAGGAUUUCGGGAGGAGACUUAAGGAGUCCAUAGAUGGUACGGAGUGGUGA